AUGGUUUUCAAGCCAUUAUUAUUGGGCGCCUGUAUAGCGUGGACUGGGGCGAGGGCAUUGUCACUCCACCAGCGCGAUGUACCUGCUGUUGUCAAACUCCCGAUUCAACGCGGAAGCGACAAACCAAAUCGAUUGGCAAAAAGGGCAGAUGUUGUCUCCAACUCCUUCGGAGUAGCGGUAUGUCUUUUUUUCUUUACUCAUAUUUCCGACGAUCAGGGACUGAGAGUUUUGCAGGAUCCCGGACUCCUUCCCAUGUACUAUUUUGACCUCGACAUUGGUACUCCACCCCAAACGAUUCAAGUUGGGCUGGAUACAAGUAGUGGCUAUCUCGCAGUUACGGCCACUAAUUCAUCAUGGUGCAAAACCUCAAACUGUUCGAGUUCUAUUUUCGAUGUCGGUGCCUCUUCAACGUACCAGUUUGUAAACGAUGAUUUCAACCACACAUAUGCCGGGGGUGGAUUGUACGGUAAUGAAGUUUUCAUUGGAGACUUUGGGAGCGAUGAUGUGGUCAUAGAUGAUAUCUCACUAUCAGCCAUGGACCUAGCAGUGAAUUAUGCCGACUCCACCGGCCAUGUUCUUGGCCUGGGGUAUAUUCCGGGAAAGGAAUCGGAUGCGCCUGCAACGAUUCUUCAGGCGUUGAUCGACGGUGGUCAUAUCAAGUCAGCUGCAUAUAGUCUAUGGGUGGAUGAUUCGACGGAUGAGGGGACAGAAGGAACUAUCCUUUUUGGUGGUGUGAAUACGGCCAAGUAUACCGGUGAACUGCAUACUAUGUCUAUCCCGGCAUUGGAUGGGGUACACUACCUCCCGGUGGUGCUGGUGACGGAGGUUACUCUUCAAAAUGGGACCUCGAGGAGUCAAACAUCUGAUCUACCUGCUUAUAUGGCGUUGGAUUCACUGAGCACGAAGACAUUCCUCCCGAAUAAGAUCGUUGAGGGAAUAUAUCAAGACUUGGACGUUUUAUGGGAUGACACAGUAGUGCCAACAAUCGACUGCGCCAUGAGUCAGAGCAAUUACAAUAUAACGUUCACUUUCAUCGACUUCAGCAUCAGCAGCCCGCUCAGUGAUUUCAUCGGCAAGGGAGAUGGUGAUACAUGUGAGUUCGAUAUUAUCCCAAGUUUCGGCGAGACGUUAGUGCUAGCAGACAACUUCCUGCGCAAUGCCUAUGUGGUCUACGAUCUAUCGAACAACGAAAUAUCUAUGGCUCCGAGGAAUCUCGAAGAAAGCGAGGAUCAAAUCCUGGAGAUUGGCAGUGGAACCACGUCCAUCUCCGGCGUCUUUGAAUCAACAACUGCAGUGGCGACAGUUCCGACUGCUGUUGUAAGCCCAUCGCAGGUUCUGAAUUUCCCUGCUAAAUCCACCACGAGCGCUUCGACUGCUACUUCAACUAGCAGCAAGGGAUUGGCAGCUGCUCCCACCGCCAACCCCAACAACAUUAUGGCUGGAAUUGUCGGGGCGGGGCUUUUGAUGGUUCUAUAG